ACUUGACAGUCCACAGUAAUCAUCCUUAUUAAUUGAAAAUAGAUAGAUUCUAAAGAAAUUAGCAUUAAAUUUAAUAAGUAAUUAACAGAUAAAAGGUCUCCAUUGAAUAUUGGUAGUAAGCAAGCUUAGGCAUUCCAAUUUUUAAAGUAGCUUAUUCAUCAAUUUCAUGUGUUUUGGAACUUGAAUAAAUAGAAAUGGUUGUGGUUCCACAUUUUCAAGAUAUAAUCGACACACUGGAUAAAACUAAAUUACUUAGUAUACCAAAAUGUAAAGAGCAAUCAAUGAAAAUAGAAUUCAAUAGUUGCCACCAUGAUAAUAGAACAGUUUACAAUGGUCCAGAUCCUAUAUUACCUUUUGCUGCCAGUGAAAUUUUUCUUGCCACUAUAAAAAAAUGGAGAAGACUAACGAAUAUGGAUGUUAACUGCAAAUCUGUUUACGAAGUGUCUUUUGAUAUUGAAGAUAGUAACUUUGAUUUUACACCUGGUGACACCAUUGGAAUUGUUCCCCAAAAUAAUAGAUUGGAAGUCGAUGAUGUCAUCCAUCACUUAAAUUUAGUAGAUGUAAUUGAUCUAAACUAUACUCUUAGUGUUAAGAGUGACCAGAAGGGUUCAAAGAUACCAGCACAUAUACCAAUAACAUCAACCUUACGACAUGUACUAACUAAUUGUGUAGAUCUUAGAGGAAUUGUAAAAAAGUUAUUUCUACUUGCUCUGGCCCAGCAUACAAAAGACAAAAGUGAAAAGCGACUUAUGGAGUACCUUUGUAGUAAAGAAGGCUCUUCAGAAUAUACAAAUCAUAUUCUCAACAAUAGAAUUAGUGUGUUGGAUAUAUUUAAAUUUUUCAAAUCAUGCAAGCCUCCAAUAGAAGUAAUUUUAGAACACCUUCCUAGACUCUUACCUAGACCAUAUUCAAUUGUUAAUACAAGACACAGUAAUCCAAACAUAUUAAAAAUAUGUUUUUCUGUUAUGGAUAUUGGCAAUAAUAGGAAAGGUAUAACAACAGGCUGGUUAGAGGAAAUUAUUUUAGAAAAGUGUAAUAUUGAAGAAAAAAUGAAUAAUUUAAGUCUUAACAAUGAACCUGCUAAAGUUCCCAUCUAUGUAAGAAAAAAUCUGAAUGAAUUUUGUUUACCUAAAGAUACAGAAAUUCCUCUUAUAUUAAUUGGCCCUGGAACUGGAGUUUCUCCAUAUAUAGGCUUUUUAGAAGAAAGAGAAGAUAUACAGAAGAAUAAUCCAGAUAAAAAAUUUGGUUGUGUGUGGCUGUUUUUUGGAUGUCGCAACCCUAACCUUGAUUUUAUUUAUAAAGAUGAACUUAAAAAAUUUACUUCAAAAGGUCUUAUUAAUAAAUUAAUCACUUCAUUUUCAAGAGUAGAGAAUGCUGAUUCUCAUUAUGUACAGGAUGCAAUUGUAAGAAAUGGCAAAGACGUUACAAAAUUAAUAAUGGAAGGUGCUCAAGUGUAUGUUUGUGGAGAUAUCAAAAAUAUGGCUACACAAGUCAAAGCUGCGAUUCAACAGAGCAUAGUUAAACAUGAAAACCUAAAUGAGGAGGAAGCCGAAAAUUACAUAGCCAUUAUGCAAAAUGAAAAAAGAUAUUUGAGUGAUAUAUGGAAUUAAUGAUGAUGAUGAUGAUAUCUUACCGAUUUUGGCUAUUCGCAAGGGGACUGGCUAUCCGUGUAGGACAUUUUAAAAUGUACAAGAGUGGUUGCAAACACAAAUGUGCUCUAUUCCUUCACUCUCAUAAUUCGAUGAGAAAAUAAGAAAUGACCGGAAAGAGUUCAGGACCAGGACUAAAAACUUUAUAAGCUUUCUGAUGCAUGAGAAAGUACAUAUUGCCAUCUUGCAGAUUUCUACCUGAUACUGAGAAUUGUCAGAUAAUAUAAAAAAAAAUAUUGGUCUGGCUCAGGGUUUGAACACAGGAUCUCUAGAUCCUCAGACUUAUAGGUUAGCCACUAAUCUAAUACGUAGCAAAUUGAAAAUAAAUAUAUUUCUUUCUAA